AUGUCGCUGAUCCGAAGACACUGGCUGGUACCCGCCUUCUUCCUUGCUUGCGUCAUCUACUAUCUUUUCCUUUACCCCGGUGAUGCCGUCCUGUACCCUUCUACGGACCGUCCACAUAGCAAAGUACAUUGGACCAAGCAUCCCGAACGAUACCCCGUGGCUGGGUACCGCCAGUUUCCCACAGGUCCACUCGAGCGGAUUCCCCGAAUCCAGUAUGAGUAUGAAUCGCAGGCCGAAUCCGAAGAGGCGCGGAAAACGCGCGGUACGAGACAAGCCGCGGUCAAGGAAGCGUUCAUACAUGCAUGGAAUGGCUACAAAAAGUAUGCCUGGGGACAAGAUGAAGUCGCCCCAAUCAGUGGGCUUUACCGCUCGAGUUUUGGAGGUUGGGGCGCCACGUUGGUCGAUACAAUGGAUACAUUGUGGAUCAUGGACCUGAAGAGCGAUUUCGAACGGUGUGUCGAGGCUGUCCAGCAGAUUGAUUUCACCUCCAACGAUGAGGACACUUUAAACGUGUUUGAGACUACCAUUCGAUAUCUAGGAGGGCUGCUCGCCGCGUACGAUCUCUCGGGUGGGAAGUAUCCCGCCCUCCUCGAAAAGGCGCAAGAAUUGGGUGAGAUCCUCUAUUCGGCCUUUGACACGCCCAACCAUAUGCCGAUGGCACGCUGGACGUGGAAGAAAAGCGCUCUCGGCGGCGAGGUUGAACCAAGCACCAACACACUACUGGCAGAGCUCGGAAGUCUUAGCCUCGAAUUUACAAGGCUAAGUCAACUCACGGGAGAUCUGAAAUACUUUGAUGCUGUGCAGAGAAUCGCGGAGGAAAUGGAAUACGCUCAGAACGGAACCAAAAUUCCCGGUCUGUGGCCUACCAUUGUCAAUGCCAACGAGCUCAAAUUCGACUACAAUCACUUCACCUUCGGAGGCAUGGCGGACUCCACUUACGAAUACCUACCCAAACAGUAUAUGAUGCUUGGAGGCCGCGGAGACCAAAAGUAUCGGCACAUGUACGAAGAGGCUAUUGAAGCUGCAAAACGAUAUCUGUUUUUCAGACCCCUGGUGCCAUCUGAUGAGGACAUUCUUUUCAGUGGCAACGCCGCCUUGACGUCCAUGAACACUAUCCCAAUAUCUAACCUGGAGCCGCAAGGCCAGCAUUUGGCUUGUUUCGUCAGUGGAAUGGUAGCUCUCGGCGCAAAGAUCUUCAGCAGACCUGAAGAACUCGCUAUCGCUCGUAGGCUGAUUGAUGGGUGCGUCUGGGCGUAUAAUGCGAUGCCGUCUGGCUUAAUGCCUGAGACGUUCCAUCUGGUACCGUGCCAGGUUGGAGUGGUUGAUGCUCCGCCUGGUCAAUGUGAGUGGAGCGAUGAUAAGUGGUACGAAGCGAUUUCGAAACGACAUGCCUCAACGCCGGAGACAAAGCAGAUGAGCGCUGUCGAACGAGGAAAGUACACUGCAAAACAGCUCUUGAUCUUCCCGGGGUUCACCGAUCAAGGUGACAACCGGUACAUCUUGCGGCCUGAAGCCAUCGAGUCGAUCUUCAUCAUGUACCGUAUCACAGGCGAUGUGAAGUUACAGGACAUCGCCUGGAAAAUGUUUCAAUCCAUCGAAGCGGCCACCAGGACGCCGAUUGCCCACGCCGCGGUGAACGAUGUCCGACGCGCAAACCCGGAAAAGAGCGAUCGCAUGGAGAGCUUCUGGCUUGCGGAGACACUCAAGUAUUUUUACCUAGUGUUCAGUGAGCCGUCCGUUGUGAACCUGGACGAGUGGGUUUUGAAUACGGAGGCGCAUCCUUUCCAAAGGCCGACGAGUUGA